GGAGUAGGGAUUGAGGGGAGUUCUUAACUGAAAAGUUUCGAUGGAUUCACGGAAAUUUUUAUGGAUAGUUGCUUUGGUUGUAUUUGUUAGUCUUCCUUAUUCGGUGUCUGCGGGAGACAUCGUUCACGAUGACGAUCUUGCUCCGAAGAAGCCUGGCUGCAACAACAACUUCGUUCUGGUCAAAGUCCAAACAUGGGUGGAUGGCGAAGAAGGCAAUGAGUUUGUUGGUGUUGGUGCUCGAUUCGGCACUACUAUGGAGUCUAAGGAGAAGCAUGCAAGUCAAACUAAGCUUACUCUCUCAGACCCUCCUGAUUGUUGCAGCACACCUAAGAAUAAGCUUUCUGGAGAAGUCAUCCUGGUUGAAAGAGGUCACUGUAAAUUCACCAAAAAGGCAAAUGUAGCCGAAGCUGCUGGUGCUUCAGCAAUCCUAAUUAUAAAUUCUAAGAAAGAGCUCUACAAAAUGGUCUGUGAACACAAUGAAACAGAUCUCGAUAUACGUAUACCGGCAGUGAUGCUUCCACAAGAUGCAGGGGCAAUCUUGCAGAACCGUCUAAUAGGCAAUUCCUCAGUUGCUGUGCAGCUAUACUCACCACAACGUCCAUUGGUCGAUAUAGCAGAGGUUUUUUUAUGGCUUAUGGCAGUUGGUACUAUCUUGUGUGCAUCAUAUUGGUCUGCAUGGAGUGCCAGAGAAGCAGCAAUUGAGCAGGAUAAGCUUUUGAAGGAUGAUAAGGAAGAAUUUAUAAUUGCCGAAGACACAGGUGGUAGUGGUGUUGUGGACAUCAACUCAACAUCAGCGGUCCUUUUUGUUGUGAUUGCUUCAUGCUUUUUGGUUAUGUUUUACAAGCUCAUGUCCUUCUGGUUCGUGGAGAUUUUGGUGGUUCUAUUUUGUAUUGGUGGUAUAGAGGGUCUGCAAACUUGUUUGGUGGCUUUGUUAUCAAGGUGGUUCAAACAUGCUGGAGAAACAUUUAUUAAAGUGCCAUUCUUUGGAGCUGUCUCUUACCUUACGUUGGCUGUUACUCCGUUCUGCAUAACAUUUGCUGUUGUUUGGGCUGUGUAUCGCCGCAUCUCCUUUGCUUGGAUAGGUCAAGAUGUCCUUGGGGUUGCGCUGAUAAUCACAGUCCUGCAGAUUGUUCAUGUACCUAAUCUCAAGGUGGGCACAGUGCUUCUCAGUUGUGCUUUCUUGUAUGACAUCUUCUGGGUGUUUGUUUCUAAGAUGUGGUUCCAUGAAAGUGUAAUGAUUGUGGUUGCUCGUGGUGAUAGAAGUGGUGAGGAUGGUAUUCCAAUGUUACUGAAGAUCCCACGCAUGUUUGAUCCCUGGGGUGGUUACAGCAUUAUUGGGUUUGGUGACAUCCUCAUACCGGGGUUGCUAAUUGCUUUUUCAUUGAGGUAUGAUUGGCUGGCAAAGAAGAAUCUUCGAGCUGGAUAUUUCCUAUGGUCUAUGAUCGCUUAUGGUUUAGGUCUCCUCAUUACGUAUGUGGCUUUGAAUUUGAUGGAUGGACAUGGUCAGCCAGCACUUCUUUACAUUGUUCCUUUCAUGCUCGGCACCUUCCUAACAUUGGGGAAGAAGAGAGGUGACCUCAAGAUUCUAUGGACGAGGGGAGAACCUGGGAGGCCUUGCCCGCAUCUUCACCUGCAACCUACUCAAUGAAGUGGAUAAAGUGUAGCGAAUUGCUUUGUAUAAUAGAAGAGUGGAUGUAGUAACAGCUAGCUGACCAUAUAGUGUGAUGAAUUGCAAUGUAAGGAUAGUAUAGCGAUAGUUGUAAAAGGAUGUAGAUGCGACUCUGAAGGAUAUGUUUUAAUAGCAUUACACAGGUUUGAAACUUAAAUCA